CUCGCGCUGGUUAGAGGCUCGUUCAGCCUGAGUGAGAUGAGCCGUUAGUGUGUGAGGUUCACCACAGGAGAGCUGUUACCAAAGCUCACAACAAAAGCCCAGCUGUGCUUCAGUGGGUCAGACCCUGAAGAAUCAUGUGGGUUCUGGAGAAAAUCCGGAGCUCAGUGGAGAACAGUGCUCCUCGGCCAGGGGAGGCAGGAGACAAACAGGACAAAGCACCCAUCUACAGCAACGUUCUCACACCUGAUAAGAUCCCGGACUUCUUCAUCCCUCCCAAGCUGGUGAGCUGCCCACCAGAGACUGAAACACCAGACGUGAAGCCCAAGGAAGGUCUACAGCCUUCCACGUCAGAGCAGACCAUUGGCAACAAAAUUAGCAGCCCUCGAAGUCCUCGCCUGGUCAGCAAACUAGCUGGAGACACCAAAAACCUGCUAAGGGCUGCCAACCGUCACAUCAUUCAGAUUGAGAGUGCGGAUGAUGUCGUUGCUGGGGACACCAAUGCUGACCCUCAGUCCCAGACAGCUAUGUCUCUGUCAUAUAUUCCAAAGACUCAGACCUCCUACGGAUUUGCUACACUAAUGGAGAGUCCCCACACUCGUCGGAAAGAGUCGCUCUUUCACUGUGACCACACAAGCCCAGUCACGUCUCCCAACACCCAACGCAAGUCGCCAGGCAAGACCACCAUUGAAGUAAACCAUCUGAACCCUCUGGAUUUCAACACGUCCCACAUCAACCCAUAUCGCUACUUUAGUGGGGGCGAGAGUGACACAUGCUCCUCGGCUGAGUCCUCCCCUUUCAGCUCGCCCCUGCUGUCCCGCUCUGCCUCCUUGCUCAAGAUCUUCACCCAUGAGACUCAGGCUAAAGUGGUCAAAGCCAAGAGGACGUUCGCCCGGCACAGUUCGCUCUCCACGGAUGAGUGCAGCUCCGCAGAGCCCAGCCCCAGCGUGCCCAGGAGGCUCCACUCUCCCGUAGGUGGUGGACCUCUGGACCAUCAGCAUGGGAAGGACAAACAGCAAAGGGAGCACAUGGUCAACCUCCACAAGGGAGGUAUGAUCCGGCUCUGUGCUGAUUAUGACCCAGGAACGGCACGUUUGCGCAUCCGCAUCAUUGCAGCUGAGGACCUUUAUGACCAGACAUUUGACAUAAAGAGCAUUAACUGCUGUGUGUCACUCUACCUCAACCCAGGCAAGCAGCAAAAGCAGAGAAGCACUAUAAUCAAGAACAGCCGCAAUCCCGUCUUCAACGAGGACUUCUUUUUUGAUUCUGUGAGCUUAGCUCAGGUGAAAAGCCUAGCUCUGAAGAUCAAAGUGGUGAACAAGGGCACUAGCCUGAAAAGGGACAGCCUAGUAGGGGAGAGAGAGGUUCCUCUGGGGAAGCUGCUGCCUGGUCUUUAAGCCUGCAUAAGGGCUUAUGAGGGCUUAGUGCCUUGAAAGGAGGACUAAUGUACCUUAAAGUAAAUAGCUAAUCCUGUUACCGUGUAGUAUUAGCAGCAGUUCCUUUAGCAGUGACAUAUUUAUUCAUGACUUCAACUUACACGCUAGCUCAGCCUUUAUAGUAAGUAUAUGUAUAAAUUUAAAUCUGGUAUGAAUAGAAACGAAAUUGUGUUUCCUCUUCAUCAUCUUUCAUAUAUUGUACAAAAAAAAGUACCAGUCAAAAGAUUUUGAAAACCCUACAUUUUAGCAUUUUUGCUUAAUUUUUUGCCCAUUUUAAAUACUGCAUAAUAUUUGAAAGUCUGACCAAGAAACAGAUGUGAGUGAAUUGAGAUAUGAUAGAAAUGAUUAUUUUAUUGAAACAAUUAGGAUCUUAGAGCAAGCAGUUAAUAAACUGCACAAAGAUUUAGGCUUUGUGAACUGUUUUAAAACGUAUGAAACUGCAGCUGUUCAAAAAUGUUAGAUUGGCAGUGUAUAUUUUGUAGUUUUAUGCUUGUGGCGUAAAGUGAUGCAGUCAGAACAUUUGCUUCUUGAUAGCAAAAAAACUUUUGUAUGGAGGCCAGGGCCUUUGAACCCUCCCCCAAAUGAUUCAGUGCGCAAAUGUCAGCUUUGAUCCUGGAUGCAUCAACCAGCUAAUUUGCAGGAUGAAUAAACAGCCAGGAGGAUAUUACAUCACCCUGUCUGACAUGGUGCAUUGUUACAUGCUUACACUUGUGAAUAGUUUUGUGAGACCCCCAAGCCUUAAUGAUGGAGGUGAAGGUUUGCAUGGCUUCACCAAGUUUAUCUGGACUAUGUUUUGCCUGGUACGACUUUAUUAAUCUAUUCUGACUAACUCUGCGUAAUAUAUGUCACUAUAUAGAAAAUAUUAAAUCACAGAUUGAUCAUGUUUUUAAAAUUCUUUUUGUAAAUAGCAGUUUUUUUUUCCUGGGCACUGAAUAAAACUGAUGAAUAUAGUUUAGUGAAAUAUUAGUGACAAUAGGCAACUAAGGAAAGUCUAACCAUUUAAGCAUUAUUGUAAUAAUAUUUUUUGCUAAAUAUCUUCUGCUGGAUUAAUUGAAAUAAUUAAUAAUUCAUGAUAAAGACAUGAUGAAAAUAAAUGAUUUGAGAUGUGGUGAUAAUGGUAUUAACCAGACUCUCAGGAAAUAGGAGUUUAAGUACUGAUGGAAAUGACAGACUGUGUGACAGUGUAUUUUUAAAAUAUUAAGAAAACCCAUGACUGUAGCUCAGCAUUUGUUGUGACAGGCCUCAUUAAAAUCCCUCCUCAAAAACAGAGCAUGCUAGCCAGCAGAGUGUGCAAAUUAUCCCGUUAUUAUGUCCUACAAUGCUGCUUAAUUAAACAAGCUGAAACUUGACUUAAGUUUUUCUCUUUUUGUGAUUAAAAAAUUGUGUUCCAGAGCCAUUAAGGUUUUUAAAAGUGUGCUGAUGUUUUUAGUUAAUAUUCACCUUUUUAUCAUAAAUAGGUUUUGAUCAGAGAGUUGCGCUAAUACUCAAGUCUUCCUGUUAUAACAGGUUUUUUUUUUUUUUUUUUUUUUUUUGAAAUGCCAAUCCAAUAUACUUGAUGUGUAAAUUAUUUUAUUGUUGAAAGUUGUAAAUGCUGGAUUCUAGUUCCUCUGUUUUUGUGUUUGUAAUUUAUGUGAACCGAUUUUGUGACCAAAAACCUGUAGAUUAAGCUGUGAAAUGUAGAAUGGGAAAUUAGAUGUGCUUUAUAUGUGGCAUGCUGUCCACAUUUCUGCAUGAACACUGCAACAUACUGAUAUUUAUAUAUGCUGAUAAGCUUUUAAUGGAAAACUGCAGGUUGUGGUAAGAAUUGUAUACUUUGGUUAACGUAAGAACAAUAAAGUUAUGUGUGAUGAA